UCUGCCCACGCAGUCCCGACCUCCGGACUCUCCCUUAUCUCCGCUCUCCUCUAUUCCCUUGGCUGCUAUCGUAGUGCGUAUCUCGAAGCUCCCUAAUACAGGGCUCAACGGCGGAGCCGAGUAACCGGAGCUUUCCAGAUCCGUGGGCUUCGACUGUGGUACUUGGGGGAUCUCUCGUGAUAUUUUGUGAAAUAAAAAACGACCUCGUGUGAGGAGCAUAUUUAUAUGGAGCCUGCUCAGGGCUUGGAGCUGCUGACAAUGGGAAAGGAAUCAACAGAUCAGGCGCACCGGCUGCUCGAGCAGUCUUAAGCUGUUCGACUGUUUGUGGCUCUCCGAGUCUUUUGAUACGGCGUGAAAUCCGUUAAUGGUUUUAGUACGCCUGUCUCGCCUCGCACGUAAAUUCGCAGUACAUAAUCGACGUCGGACUCAAAAUCGUUACAGGUGCAUUCGAGAUUGGCGAGAGAAAUACGUCGGCGGAGAGCGAGCGCCCAGCACUCUUUUCGACCUCGGAUGUAUCGAAUCGAGGAUCUUUACUGAUUCGCGAGAAUGUUGAAAAGCUUACGUGUGUGCACGAGGGAAAUGAAGAGUGGGAGGCAAGGGAAGAGGACAAAAGGGAAAAAAGAGAGAUCCGGACAGCGUGGGAGCAUUGGCGCGCGCCCGCGCACACACACCGUUUCGUCUCCCACGUCCCUUGAGCAAGCGCUGCGUCGUCGUCGUCGCGUUCGACUCCCGGGCCUUCGGGUUUUGCUCCAGCCAGCGCGUACGACCACGCAGUUGUGCUCGCGUGCUGCUGCCUGGACCAGCGCAGCCUCCGCGGAAACAAGACGGGGCGAAACUGAUCAGUUCGAUAGAAUCGACGUUCCGUAGGAUGCUCUCGUGUUUGUAAUACCAAGAGGACAAGACCGAGUGAACAUAUAGGGAAGGGGGCUCGUGACGAAGACAAACUGGAAUUGCGUUUACAAAGGAAGGAAAUAACGGGAACGCCGUUGGAGGGACUAGCGACAGCAGCAGUUGGUCUCGGUUAACUCCGUUUUUCCAUUUCCACAAAAAUUUUAUCACUCGCUUCGAAACAACGCGUCACACAGGCCCAGUGCAACGAGUUUGCUCACACUCGCUCAUUCACUGUUCUUCCAUCACACCAGUAGCGUCCAACUCGCACCCACGCUUCGACUGCCCCCACCAUCGCCACGUUCCGCCGACCCUCAACCACCCCAGCCUCGUUCCACUCGAGAGCUACGGCCACUGCCACUAGAGUAGUUGAGACUCGCUACUCCGCGGUAUCAACUACUGCCACACUUGAUGGCUGUGCUCGCACUAGACCCGCUGAAAGAAGCUUUUAGAUUAAAGAUCGAGCAAGGAGGGGGCGGCGUGGGAGGAGGAGGGGAUGCGAAGGAAAAGAAUCGUUUGACACGCUAAAUUGAGAAAGCCUCGAGAGCCGAAAGGAUUCACUCGACCGGCGAAAGCUCCGGAGACUGCAUCAACGCCGCACGAGAGCGACCACGCGAAGAGUCUACUUCGGCUCGUUCGCUGCCCCAAUGCGCACUUCGCUCGUCGUCCCUCAGUCGAGAGCGUUUUUAAUGCGCUGAUGCUCCGUUCCUGUGCGGUGCUACGACGUGCUGCUGCUGCUGCUCCACAUUCAACGUAACAGCAGCGAUCGUCACCGAACGUGACUUCGAGCUUCAAGAGCCACUAAAAGCCUCGGCGAAGGAGUUAAACUCGACGAGAAACACGAGAUAAUGACGAAUAUCGGGAGACUCCUGAAUAACAGUGUUCGCAGAAGUUUAAACAAUGAUGUCAAUCAGCGGUAUGCAGCUGACUCGUAGCACCCGACUCUCCUUCGAUCACUCGGCGUCCCUCGAUUGCCUGAAAAUCACUAUUUUCCAGCCUGAGAACAAAGGAGCCUGCCACCAGACUCCGUCGAUUCAGCUGAGAUCGAAUGAUCCCAAAUUCAUUCCCGCAGCAUUUUAUCUUUCGCAUUCGCGCGUGAUUCUGUGCGCUCGGGACAACGAUACAUUAAUAGGUGCUCUUGGCGGUGAAGGACGACGAUAGACGGAGACUCGUAGCCGAAAGUAAAGGGACGUAAAUACCUUGGAAGUUGGAGUCAGCCAGAGCUCUCGCGAGAAAACGAGCAUGGCGAGGAAUACAACGAAAAACGGGAUACUCCAUCCUGAUCACAAAUGAACAUCUCGGCACAGCGUUUGGGAUAUUCCAAGCCUCCCCUCUCGCUCACUCGCUCUCUGAUUCGGUCCCUCUUGCGGGGCUGCUGCUUCGUUUUCGUUAAACGACAUUCCGUUCGGCUACCGCACCGCGUAUCCGGAACUACUUUUAAUCACGGCAAACUCGAGCUUCCGCGCCGCACACGAGAACCUCACCUUUCCGCCAACUCCCAAAAGAACGAGCGAAGAAAAAGAGAUGUGAGGAAUGAUCACGUGGGUUAUGGUCGGGCUGCUCCUAGCUGCGGAAACAACGUGCGGCAGAAAUCUCGUAUCGGGGAACGAGAGCGGAACGAAGGAGGAUACGACGAGGCAAAAGAGUGGUUUGAAGGGGACUUCGCCGGACGAGGAAGACAUCUAUCGUCUGACGUGCUACACUUGCGUGAAUGUCAGCGAUAACCAGAUGUGCAACAAAUGGGCGAUAGAUACUCCCUGUCCGACAGGCGGCAGGGACUUUUGCCGUUCGCUGCAUAUCCUCGACAGUCGUGGGAACAGCGUAUUGGUGAGCAAAAGUUGCGCGAGCAGUUCCGAGUGCGGUGCGGCAUCGGUUGGUUGCAUACCGGUCGACACUCAGAAGAUAUGCAUAAGCUGCUGCGACAUGAGUUACUGCAACGUAGAGUCACCAACGAAUUCAACAAACGCGAUCGUCACGCGACGAAGACGAGCCAAAUCGAAGAAGACUAAGCGCAAGAGACCGGGCGCCAACAGCGGGGCUGUCGAGGGCCCGAUGACGCGAUUAUCAAGCUCACUCGGCCUCUGGCUAUUUGCCUCACUCCUACAUGCAUAUCAUUGUUGAAGAAGGGAAGAUUUUCACGACACGCGACAACAGCGAAAGAACGAAAAAACUCAUUCAGACCCGGAAGUGUUUCGAGGAACGAAUCCUUUCCCUUCUUCACCGGGGAACCAACAAUCACCGAGAAACACGAGCAGACACACACACACACACAAACAAAGCGAACAAAACAAAAAGGAAUUGUUUUUUCUUCUCGUAGUUGAUGUAGCUGCGCCUACGCCUUGUUAGAAUCGACUAUCAGAGUGUCCAAGGACACCCAACAAAACAGCAUUAACAAACUCGAUAAAAGCGUAUGAAAAACCCGUACGUUUUUUUAUGCUUUCACUUCCAUUCCAUGUCUCUUAUUUUCCAUUUCGAAUAAAACGAAAAAUAAAAAAAAAAACAAAACAAAA